AUGCAACUUUUUUCUUUCUUUCAUUCAUUCGUUCUUCCUUUCUUUCUUUUUUUUUUUCAACUUUUCUUUCUUUCUUUCUUCCCCUGUUUAUUUAUUUCUUUCUGUCAGUGUUUCUUUCUUUCUUUUAUUCUUUCUUUCUCUUUCGUUCUUUCUUUUUCUUCUUUCUUUCUGUUUUAUUCUUUCUUUCAUUCUUCUCGUUUCGUUCUUUCUUUCUAUGUGCAUUUCUUUCUUUAUGUGUUUCUUUUAUUUGUUGUGUUCUUUCUUUCUUUCUUUCUUUCUUUCUUUCUUUCUUUCUUUACUUUACUUUUCCAUUGCCAAGAUAAAUUCUUUCUUUCUUUUUUUUUCUAUAGUAACCGUUGUUCAUCUCAUUCGGAAACGCCUCUCCUGUCAUCUUUUUCUUCCUUUUUUUCUGUGAUCUUUCUUUCUUUCUUUUUUCUUCCAUUUUUCUGUUACCUUUCUUUCUUUCUUUCUUUCUUUCUUUCUUUCUUUCUUUCUUCCAUUUUUCUGUUACCUUUCUUUCUUUCUUUCUUUCUUUCUUUCUUCCAUUUUUCUGUUACCUUUCUUUCUUUCUUUCUUUCUUUCUUUCUUUCUUCCAUUUUUCUGUUACCUUUCUUUCUUUCUUUCUUUCUUUCUUUCUUUCUUCCAUUUUUCUGUUACCUUUCUUUCUUUCUUUCUUCCAUUUUUCUGUUACCUUUCUUUCUUUCUUUCUUUCUUUCUUCCAUUUUUUAUGUUACCUUUCUUUCUUUUCUUUCUUUUUCUUUCUUCCAUUUUUCUGUUACCUUUCUUUCUUUCUUUCUUUUCUUUCUUUCUUCCAUUUUUCUAUGUUACCUUUCUUUCUUUCUUUCUUUCUUUCUUUUUCUUCCAUUUUUUCUGUUACCUUUCUUUUCUUUCUUUCUUCCAUUUUCUGUUACCUUUCUUUCUUUCUUUCUUUCUUUCUUUCUUUCUUCCAUUUUUCUGUUACCUUUCUUUCUUUCUUUCUUUCUUUCUUCCAUUUUUCUGUUACCUUUCUUUCUUUCUUUCUUUCUUUCUUUCUUUCUUCCAUUUUUCUGUUACCUUUCUUUCUUUCUUUCUUCCAUUUUUCUGUUACCUUUCUUUCUUUCUUUCUUCCAUUUUUCUGUUACCUUUCUUUCUUUCUUUCUUUCUUUCUUCCAUUUUUCUGUUACCUUUCUUUCUUUCUUUCUUUCUUUCUUUCUUCCAUUUUUCUGUUACCUUUCUUUCUUUCUUUCUUUCUUCCAUUUUUCUGUUACCUUUCUUUCUUUCUUUCUUUCUUUCUUUCUUUCUUUUUCUUUCUUUCUUUAA